AUGGAUUCUGGUCAAGACGACGCUACGCCGGGCGGUUCGCAAACCCCCACUGGAACGUCUCACAGCUCGCAUCCCGUCGAGCAAGGACCCGACUCUGAGCUGCGAGAUCGAUCAGACUCCCGCCAGAGCGGCCCCACCCCUUCGCAGCUUCCGUCGAGCCCCCGAAUCAACACUUCGAUGCCCUCGAUCGGCGGCAGCUCGAAUCCCGUCGAAACUCCCAGCGCGCAAUCGGCCUGGAGUGCCACGUCCGAUCACCAACCUGGUCAUGGAAGCCAGGCAGACCCACUCGACCGGGUCUUUCCCAUCCGCUCCGUCAUCAGCGUGGCUCCCUCAGGUAGGACCUCGGGUGAAUAUUUCCCACGAAUGCCGCCAGAGGCCGGUGGCAUGUCCCACGCACAGGGUAGCUCUCAGCCCGAGACUCCAAGCAGGCGCACCGGCAGCAUUACAAGUGACUCCGUGCUGUCUUCAGCCGCGCCACUCCCGUAUUCACGUGGAGACGAUGCACACCGUAGGACACGAUCGACUACUACGGGGCCCAGAUCAAGUGUGCAGGGCGACUCUGAGCGGCUUGGAUCAGGCCCCUUGGCCUUAUUUGACGACGAGUCUGAUGAGGAGGAAUCUGAGCCAGCCGGGGACGUGCGCUCGAGCCAGUUUGGGGGAAGCUCGAUUGGACGAGGAUCUACCAGCGGGCUUCCUGACGCCGCUUUAGAUGGACUCAUGACCUCGCGUUUCAAGCAUGUCAUGACUGAUGACGGCCAUCUGGUUAUCACGGGAAGGGAUGGAACAUUGCAGAGGUGUGAGGAUGAGCCGAUUCAUGCUCCGGGUGCCGUCCAGGGCUUCGGGCUCCUGCUCGCCAUACGUGAAGAAAGCGAUGGGCGCUUCACCGUGAGAUAUGUCAGCGAAAAUUCGAAGCGAAUCAUUGGCUAUACGCCCCUCGACCUUUUUCGUCUCAACAACUUCACGGAUAUCCUCACCGAGGAGCAGGCGGACAAUCUCCUGGACCACAUCGAUUUUAUUCGAGAUGAGGAUGCUGAUCCAGCUAUCAAUGGCCCCGAAGUGUUCAGCAUGUCUAUACGGCCACCGAAGAGAAGAUCAGUCAAGCUCUGGUGUGCUAUUCACGCUCACGCAGCACAUCCGGAUCUGAUUAUAUGUGAAUUCGAGCUAGAUGAUGACCACGACUUUCCAUUGAGGCCGGAAGACGACCGCACUCCAGACCUCCCAGCAGACACGCUUCGAGCAAAUCCAACCAUGGAUGAGCUUACCGAAAGCACGGAGGUUUCGAGUAAGCCAUUGAGAGUCCUGAGAAGUGCCCGCAAAAGAAGGGGUGAAGCCGGUGCCAUGCAGGUCUUCGACAUCAUGUCCCAGGUUCAGGAGCAGCUUGCCUCUGCGACAAACCUGGAACGCUUCCUGAAGAUUCUCGUGGGAAUAGUCAAGGAGCUGACCGGUUUCCACCGGGUCAUGAUAUAUCAAUUCGAUACGUCGUUCAAUGGCAAAGUUGUCACGGAACUUGUCGAUCCCAUCCAGACCAAAGACCUCUACAAGGGCCUGAACUUCCCUGCAUCAGAUAUCCCCAAGCAGGCUCGAGAUCUCUACAAGAUCAACAAGGUGCGACUUCUCUACGACCGGGACCAGGAGACUGCGAGACUUGUCUGUCGCACAAAAGAGGAUCUCGAUAUCCCACUGGAUAUGACGCACUCAUACCUUCGAGCCAUGUCGCCAAUCCAUAUCAAGUAUCUCAAAAACAUGGAGGUUCGCUCGUCCAUGUCGAUCUCAAUCAACGCUUUCAAUGAGCUCUGGGGACUUAUUGCCUGCCAUUCGUACGGAAAUAAGGGCAUGCGUGUAUCGUUCCCUAUCAGGAAGAUGUGCCGCCUCGUCGGCGAUACCGUGUCAAGGAACAUCGAGCGCCUUUCAUAUGCGUCGAGACUCCAGGCUCGCAAGCUCAUCAACACUGUUCCUACUGAUAAGAACCCUUCAGGCUACAUUAUUGCGUCGUCCGAUGACUUGCUGAAAUUAUUCGAUGCGGACUUCGGCAUGCUUUCGAUCAAAGGAGAAACAAAGUUCAUGGGUCGGCUCGAUCACUCCCAAGAAGCUCUCGCCAUGCUCGAGUAUCUCAGGGUCCGCAAGUUCAGCUCAGUCUUGACCACACAGGACGUCAAGGUGGAUUUCCCAGAUCUGCACUAUCCACCAGGGUUUCAUUCCAUUGCGGGGCUCUUGUACGUUCCGCUCAGCGUUGGUGGCAACGACUUCAUUGUCUUCUUCAGGAAGGGCCAGGUGCGGGAGGUGAAGUGGGCUGGCAACCCGUAUGAAAAGAUCAUCCAAGAGGGGACUCAGAAUUACCUUGAGCCGAGGAAGAGUUUCCAGGUGUGGCAUGAGACUAUCCUUGGUAAAUGCCGCGAGUGGUCUGAGGAGCAGAUAGAGACUGCGGCGGUCCUAUGCCUUGUUUAUGGUAAAUUCAUCGAAGUCUGGAGGCAAAAGGAGGCUGCUCUUCAGAACAGCCGCCUGACAAAACUCCUGCUGGCCAACUCUGCGCACGAGGUGCGAACGCCCCUCAACGCCAUCAUUAAUUAUCUAGAAAUAGCUCUCGAGGGAACUUUGGACCAGGAGACCAGAGACAACCUCGCCAGGUCGCAUUCCGCUUCCAAGUCACUCAUCUACGUCAUCAAUGAUCUUCUCGACCUCACUCAAACGGAAGAAGGUAAUAGUCUGGUGAAGGAUGAGGUCUUUGAAUUCCUUGCGUGCAUCAGAGAGGCGACAGAUCCCUUCCGGAACGAUGCAAAGAGGAAGGGAAUCGAGUACGAAGUCGUGGAGCACCCGGGACUGCCGACAUACGUUUAUGGCGAUCAAAGGAGACUCCGCCAGGCCGUAUCCAACGUGACAGCCAAUGCAGUACAACACACAUCCGAGGGACACGUCAAAAUCGAAGUGUAUUCUGCUGAGGUUCAAGAAUCCAAGGUGCGCGUUGAAAUCAUUGUGCAAGACACGGGCCGUGGAAUGAGCAACUCCCAGCUGGAUGCAUUGUUCCGCGAGCUGGAACAGGUCUCGACUGAGGAGGAAAAGCUUUCAGAGGAGGAUGAAGAGGCUGCCAAGGAUAAAUCAGAGACACUAGGUCUCGGACUCGCAGUAGUGGCACGAAUUGUUCGGAACAUGGAUGGGCAGCUGCGUCUGAAAUCUGAGGCCGGGAAAGGCUCUCGAUUCGUCAUCCAACUUCCGUUUGAGAUGCCACCAAACGAUUCGCCGGUGGCUCAGGACGACUCAGGACCUGGCUCAAAAUCCGUGACGGGCUCGGCCGCUUCUGUGUCGACAACGCGUCCGCCUGCUCGGGAAGGCGAGGUCAUGCUUGUUGACCGUGGGAGCAGCACGACUGCUCCAAAGCACACGAUAACACCUAAACGGAGCUUCGAGGAUAACAUCAGCCUUGAUAGUCACCGGACUGGAACUAGCCGGGGUAGUGCCCAGAGUUCCAAGAGUGACGCUGACAGGCUCAUCGAUGCUAUUCAGACUCCUCUAGGUAUCGGAGAGCCGGAGACGGAAGUCGUCAGCGCACAACGUCGAAAUUCGAAGGGGGCUUACUAUAGCGGUGGUUCUCGACAUACGGCAUCACGGUCAAUGAGUCCCAGUCGACCUUUUGGAAGGCCGAGUGGGUUGCUGAGAUCGGUAUCGUCGCCGGGCAACAACAACACAGGGCAAGAAGUUGGUGACGCCGCGCCCGAUCCCCCAGUUGGGAUCGACUAUGUCACCGACAGCAAAACCCCUAUUCGGCCUGUCAAGAUUCCCGACGAGUUUCAAGAGCAACCGGAAGCACCAGCGCAGCCUAGCGAGACCUCGGGCGUUUUGUUCGAGCUUGGUGACGAAAAACCAUCACCUAAGCCCAAGGCCAAUCCCAAUGCGACAACAAUCGAUGGCAAUGUUCACAAGGCUAGACAGCCAGAAUCCGCCAAAUUGAGGGUGCUCGUGGCGGAAGAUGACCCCAUCAACAUGAAGAUACUACGCAAGCGACUGGAGAAGGCGGGCCAUGUCGUACACCAUACGGUGAACGGCGAAGACUGCGCGGCAGCUUACAAGGAAAGAGCCGCCGAAUUUGAUGUAGUCCUCAUGGACAUGCAGAUGCCUCUUAUGGACGGCCUGACAUCCACCAAAACGAUACGUGCGAUUGAGCACUCAGGCGAGCAUGAUCGCCUCUCUGCCAUUUCUUCGAACCACGGUAGAAUCCCCAUCUUUGCGGUUUCGGCCUCUCUGCUGGAGCGUGAGAGGGAGACCUACACGACGGCUGGAUUCGACGGCUGGAUUCUAAAGCCCAUCGAUUUCAAGAGGCUCGAAACCUUACUUUUCGGUAUCAUUGACGACAAGACUCGGAACGACGCCCUGUAUGUGGCUGGCCAAUGGGAGCGAGGCGGCUGGUUCAGGAGGAGGCUGGAGCUCCCCUCCGAGAACAAGGCCAAGGACGCCCCUCCUCUGAGGGCAGUAGAGCUGCAUGGUAACGAGAUCAGUGCCGCGAGGGACAGCAUGCGUUGA